CCGAGUCUUCCCUGAACCUCCCCUCAGCCUUCCCUGAGUCUUUCACCCCACCCUCGGCCUUCCCGUCGCCGCCGCCGCCCCUUACCCUCCCUAAGCCUCUUUUCCGCCCUCCCGCCCCUUUCCCUCAGCCCUCCCUGAGGCUCCCUUCAGCUUUCCCGCCAUUUCCCUCCUCGCUCCCCGCCCCUCGAGCGGUCGCUGCGGCAGAGCAGAGCGCUGGGGAUCGCAAAGCUGAUUAUUUGUCUUCUGGGAAACAGAAAAGCAGCAAAUUUCCUUUUCUUAGGAAACUUUGAAACAAAGGCUUAGAAGACAAGAUUCUGCUUGCUGUUGAGGUAAAAAAAAAAAAAACCUUAUAGCCAAGAUCCUGAAGUGUAAUGUCACUGUAGUUUUGUUUUAAGAGCAAACUGAAAACCCUGAUCAUUUUGGAAGAUUUAAAAUUAUCGUGGGUGUUUUAUUAAAUGAAGGUGCGGAAAACUGUAAGUAAAAUCACUUUUGCAGGCCAAUGAAUUGCUCAAUAUUAAUAACAUCUGUUGCUUUUAAAUUAAUGAUACUAUACUGUUUUCUUAAGUUUGUGUAAAUUAAGGAAAAACAUUAGUUCUUGCAAUGAUCUGGGAUAUAAUACGAAAAUAUGUCCUGAUUUGAUAAAAAAUAUGUUAACAUAUCUGAAAUUAAAAUUGGUUUCUAGUCUUUGAAUAGCCACUUUAAUCCAAAAACAGCAUUCAGGGUUGGUUUUUGCUUUUUUUUUUUUUUUACUGUGAUCUGACACUUCCUUUUUCCUGUACAGACUCUUUUUAUUAAAAUACUGAAUAUUCAUUUUAAAUGGCAAAAAAAAUAAUGCUGGAACAAUACCCCAUAUUUUUUCAUGUGUUUGGAUCUUUUCUGAUUACAAAAAUAUUUUCAUCAUGAGCUGUGGAAAGGAUUUUGUGGAAACUCUUAAAAAAAUUGGAUAUCCAAAGGCUGAUGAGCUUAAUGGAGAAGAUUUUGACUGGAUGUUUGAGUUUUCAGAAGACAAAUCAUGUUUGGAGUGGUUUUGUGGAAACAUAAAUGAGAAGCAUUUGGUAUCUGAAGAAGAACUGCAGGAUUUUGAUAAUCUUCUCCAGUGUGGUAAGCCUGUUUUGGAAGGAAAUGCACUGGAUGAAGUCCUUAAAACCUUGGAGCCCACCAGUUCGACAAACAGUAGCCAAGAGGAGGACAGGGAAGAAGAGGAAGAAGUGAAGAAAUUAGAGAAUGAACUUCAAACUCUUCAGAAGUUAAAAAACCUUCAAAUUCAUCGGCAUAAUAAGCUUCAACUGGUGGUUACUACGAACAGCCACGUGUUACAAACAUUCCAAAGCAGAGAGGAAGAAGCACGUAAGAAUUGGAAAGAAGGGCUGGAAGUGUUUACUGCAGCGAAUAAGAAGCUUGACAAUGAGCUGCAGUCUCUUACAGCUGCAGUGAAGAAAUUUGCCUCUUUCUUCACUGCUCCAGGUUCAGAACAAGGGUUGGAUACACAUCCAGUGUUUUUUUCCACACUUUCUUUGGACAAAUAUUUGUCUGUGGAAGAACAAAGCACUGCAGCGCUUGCAUCACACAUAAAAAAGUAUUUUUAUAAAGGUGCGUUUGAAUGCACUGAAGAUACACAUGAAGGCAGCUUUCAACUUGAGGAUUUUAUCAAGCAAGUCCCUUUUGAUGAGACUGAUGAAGUUUGUGAAGAGAGGCAAGAGGUAGCCAGGCUCCAGGCAGCAUAUAUUUGUGGUCAGAACCAGCUAAUUCAGCUGCAAGCUCAAGAGGAGGGCAUGAAUUCAACUCUCAAGUGUGCGGAGAGCCUGCUGCAGUCCUUGGACAAGGGCAUUGGACAACAGGAAAACAUUGAUGCUAAAAUACCUAGUUUAAGGGCUGAAAUUUCAGCAAUUAAACAAGAUAUAGCUCAGUUAAAUAAUGAAGAGCUGCUUCCCCUUCUUAAGAAGAAUGCACAACUUCUGACUGCCCCAGUGGUGAAAGAAUACUUAGAUCACCAAAUUGCUCGGCAGGACUGCUAUGCUGCACUUCAAGAUAAAGUAGGCAGGCAUUUGAUAAGACAGAAAACAUCAUUUGAACUUAUUCAGCUGGCCUGUGAAAUGGAGAUGAGGAAACACCAGGAAAUCAGCUGCCAACUUGAGAAUUUGGUAGAAUCGCUGAAACAAAGCACAGAUGAGUUGCAGCAGAGACUACAGGUGAUAGCUGAACGAACUGAACGGGCAAAGCCAAGGAACACUAUUAGUUCAGAGGAUGGUUUAUCUUGCAGGCUGUAUCAGCUAUUGGAAGGAAGAAGUAAAAAACAACAGUUGUUUAAAACAUACAAAAGCCUGGAGCAGAUGGCUCAGAAGUUAAAGCAGGACUGUGCUACAGUACAAGAUCAGCUAGCAGCAUCUGCUCAAGAGCAGUCUCUCCUUUUGUCCAACCUAGAAAAGGAUGUGGAUGCCCUUCAUGAUGCUCUCUAUUGUGGAACAAAUCAGAUACAGCUCCGGAGUCCAGAACUUACUGAGCAGUUUCACCAACUGGAAGUGGAUUUAGAUGAACUAAAUCAUCUCCUUAAGGAUCUGGUUGCUGAUCUGAAGUCGAAGAGAAGCUUUUUAGAGUCUAAUAGGCUACAUCAGAUGGAAAGAGACUUGUAUGUGCAUUUUUUCAGAGAUGAAGAGCACUUAAAAGAGAUGGUGGAGAAGCUUGAACAGCAGUCUCAGGCUAAAGCCAGUGGCCUGGAAAACGAGAAUUUCACAACCAGUGGAGUUUCUUAAUGUCUAAACAGCAAUGUACCCUUAAGAAAGGGAAAUGUUAAUGUAAACUGUCUAUGAGUUCAUGGAAUAAUAAGCAUUAGGUUGUCAAGGUUGACACUUAGCUGUCCUUGCAGUGAAUCUUAACUGCCACUGUUACCAGCUGAGAUUGUGGUGCUUUAUGGCUUCUGCCCACUGAAUUCAAUCUCAGUUUUGUCAGAAUGCUUGGAUACAAAGUAACUGUUAGUUGAAAGAAGUACAUUCAGGCUGCUCUUCUGCUGGCCUGUGUGUUCAUUUCUGCUGCGCACAACAUAGCAUCAAUAGGAAUGUGUCAUACCCUUAAGUCUUUCUGCAUGCUAAGAACUUUUGAUUGAACUGCAAAGUAAAUGUGGAGAAGACAUUCCAGAUUUUGGAACAAUAAUGUUAAUGUACUUCUAGUGAAGAGGAGAGUUUUCAAAGGCAGCAGAUACUCUGUGAUGGUUUCCCUUACAGUUCUUCUAAGAAGACUUGGUUUUGUUAGAAAUGUGUUGGAGUACCAGAAUCUGUUUUAACUACCAAGACCAUCUGUUUUAAGACCAUUCCAAUAUGUCUUAGUUUAACUUAUGGCCUAUCUUCUCCAUUGAAACCAGUCCAUACUUAUACUGGGCUUGUCAAUGAACAAGAAUUUUAAAUUUGUCUUUUGCACUUCUGAGUUUGCCUUAUAAUUUAUAAUGAUGGGUAUUUCAAUUCAGAGUGCUGAUGUUUUCAUACUUGUGCUUUCAUGUGCAUUGUUAGCCUGUUUAUCAAAUUUUUAUAUGGCUUCCUAAUAUACCAAUGAAACUAAAUGGGCUUGUAUGAUAAGUCUUUAUCUCUAUUCCAGUCUAUUCCAUUUUGAUGGGAUCAGCUGUGCCUGCUUUCAGGCACUGUACAUGUUGAUGAAAGUUAGUAUGUUAGUUUAAAUUCACUAGUCUUAAAACUAUUUUGAGGGCAGACUUUUAACUUCUGUGUGAUUCUAACUUAUUUUGAAAUGUGCAAUUUUAUUUUUUUAGCUUACUGGUUGGGUGUUUUUAUGUCUGGAUUUCAUGCUGUUUAUACUUUGUGUUUAUUAUUAAAUGCCA